UUUAGGCCCCUUUCAGACGUAUCGACUUUACGCCGUCCGCCGUCCACGGCACGACGUCGUUCUCUCAAAUAACCAUGGAUGUCUAUGGACGCCUUCACACGUGUCGACCGACGCCGUGAACGACUUGGCGCCGUGGACGGCCGCCGUUGUCACAACGGCGCCCAUUUGGAAAUGGCACGGCGUUGCGCCGUCGACGGCGUGAAAUGUACACAGGUCUCUAUGGACUUGUUCAAACGUGUCGACGUUCCGCCGUCUGAAGUGGACGGCGCGAGUAGCGUGUCACACCACUUCAGUCGUUUCCUGACCACAGACGUGUUUAUAGUAUUGCUCACCAUUGAUAAUGGAAGACGUUGAUGUAGACGUUGAAUUGUUGAUUAGCCUGGUUGAAGAGAGGCCUGUUCUCUGGGACAAAAGCCUUGAAGCAUAUAAGUCCAAGACUGAAACCACUGCAGCAUGGAGGGAAGUCUGCAAUCAUCUGAACCCGGGCUUUGAGUCUAUGAGUGACGAUGCAAAGAACAAAUAUGGCAAGAUGAUAAGUACAAAAUGGACUAACAUCAGAGACCGGUACAUCAAAUAUCUAAAGAAGCUUGAAGAUGAAAAAAAAACAGGAUCCAAAGCAAAAUCAAUUAGAAAAUACAUAUAUAGUGACAACAUGUCAUUCCUGCAGAAGAAUACCAAGAGGAAGGAGACAGUUUCAAGUGCUGUAGAAGAAGAAGAGCAUGAAGAGAUAAGCCGCGACAUACCCACACUCUCCGACCCUCAACCCUCAACAUCAACUCAGGGAAAAGGUAAAAGACAGAAAACGCUUGUGACAGAUAUAGAAAAGUCUAUUUUUAAAAAACUACAGGAGCCAGAGGAUCGUCAUGUUAGUUUUUUUAAAGGUAUUUUACCCUCACUGCAGAAGUUUGAUGACACUGAAACAUUAGAAUUCCAAAGUGGAGUAAUAAAAAUUAUUCAGAGUAUUCACCGAUCUCGACAAACUCCCAAGGGUCCUGUGAGUGAUGGAAGGUGUGAGGGCGUGGAGGCAGCGGGUGUGGGUAAGUGUUAA